AUGAGUGGAACCAAGAUCGAAACAUGCCCCAUGGGCUACCAUCGGAUUGAGAACAUCCAUAACGGCAGGGUAGCCAGCGGUACCAUCAAAGCUGGUGGGCAAGACAAAAAAGCUCCCGGGACAUACAUCAAAUGGAACGCGCCCGGUGUUGAACAUAUCCCAGACGACGAAGAAGAGAAGAUUAAGCAGGUGUCUGCUCAGUUCAAUCGGUUCCAGAUGAUGAACUUCAAUGAGCAUAUGCAUUGUCUGAGAGGCACGCAUCUGAAGACACAAGGUUGCGUUAUGGGCAAAUUCACAGUUCAUGAUAACCUUCCCGAGCAUCUUGCCCAGGGCAUGUUUGCCAAACCUGGUACCUACGACGUGAUCAUGCGCUACUCAUCCCUGACACCCAAGAUCUUACCCGACAACCUUGCAGCACCACGCGGCAUCGGCAUGAAGGUCUUCGGCAUCGAGGGCGAGAAGAUCUGGGGAGAAGACAAGAAGACGCAAGACUGGACUUUCAACAACUACCCAGUCCUCGAGCUACGCGAUCCACAAACCACAUACGACAUUGCAGACGCCUUGGAACGAAACUGGAACGACCUGCCGACGUUUGCUGACGAGCAGAGCAAAAGAGUAGACGCAGACGUCGCAACACUGGGUGGACAACUACCAAAGCAGCACAUGGUCGCCAUGCCAGAGUACUCACAAUCUGCCUACCGCCACGGCGCCUACGUAGCCAAAUACGGCGUCUUCCCCGCUAGCCAAUUCCAAAAGGAUCUCGAAAACACUGAAGUCAAGGACUCGGACCCCAUCAACAUUCUCUCCCAAACCCUCCGCACACACCACCUUAAUAACACUAUCUCCUACAGCUUUUGCGCACAGCUCCUCCAGGACCUCACUGAACAGCCCAUAGAUGACAUUGGCAUCGAAUGGGACCCGAAAAAGUACCCGUUCGAGCAGAUUGCCACCAUUGAGUUUCCGCCGCAGGACUCGUGGUUGCCAGAGUUUAGGACUUGGUGGGAUGAUCGCAUCACGGUGAAUAGCUGGCAUGGGCUCAAGGAGCAUCAGCCGCUCGGAAGCACGAAUCGGAUGCGCAGGGUUGUUUAUGCGGAGAGUAGGAAGUUGAGACUCAAGGUUAAUGGGUACAAGGAGGGGGAUUAUGUAGAGCCGGAAGGACUAGGUGAUGUGCCUGCGAAGGGGGUCGAGGCGCCGCAGUUGGAUCUGAAGUACCAGAGUGCUGUUACGACUGCUGGAGCUGCGUACGACAACGACAACAAUAACAACAGUGAUCAGGGUCGCCUACAAAGAUCUGCAAGACAUAAUAAACAUUGCAAUAUGACUAACAUAAUGGAGGCAUAUCCCUAUGGGAAACCGUACCCAACGCCUUCGAAUGGUACACAACAUGACGAAAACAAACUCUGGAUGCAGAUACAAUACGAAGCAUAUGUUGACGGCAUCGAUCUGACUGUACUACCCUUUGCCAAAGAGGCUAUUGCAAGCAUCACUUCGCUAGCCAGUAAUGCGGUGGACAUGCAAGAAUUCGACUUUUCGACUUCAAGAAGAGUUGAUACGCAUACCCACCCUAUUCCGGACUGGUUCCGUGCUCUCGAAUUGAACGCCGCAGGCCGCGCAACACCAUCUUGGAACGUAUCCUCCCAUCUCAAGUUCAUGAGCGAACACAGCAUCGCCCAUUCUGUACUCUGCAUCUCUACGCCUCAAGCCAAUGCUUUUCUGACCGAGAAAGACGAGGCACUAAGGAAGAAGAAGACGCUUGCCCUCGCCCGCCUGCUCAAUUGCUUCGCUGCAGAACUUUGCAGAAUAUAUCCUGAAAGGUUUAGUUGGAUGGCUAUCAUGCCUUUGCCUCAUGUGCAAGAGUCGAUCACGGAGUUGAAGCGCAUGUUUGGCAUGGUUGGAAGACAGCCAGUGGGCGUCGGCGUGUUGACAAACCACGAGGGCUUGUAUCCCGGCGAUCCAGCUUUCGAUCCGCUCUGGGUGUUUCUCCAAGAAAGAGCGGGGAAAGCCGAGGGGAGUGGUAAGGAAGUAGUCUUUGUGCAUCCGACCGAACCCAUCAUCAAGCUCGACGAUGGCCGACUGAUAAAUUCACGGCCUUCACCUUUACGUUCCGGUCUCGGAGAAUUUUACUUUGAAACCGCCCGCGCAAUCUCCAGUCUAACGGCCUCUUCCACCAUCGUCACCUACCCAUCCCUCCACUUCCGCAUCUCCCACGGCGCAGGCGCCUUUCCCGACAUCUCCGAGCGCUUCCUCCUCGGCUUCCCCGAAAUCUCUUCCGCAGCAAGGGAAGCGUACAAAUCCCGCUUUUGGUACGAUAGUGCGGGCCCUGUGUGGCCGAACCAGAUCAAAGGCCUGACGGAUGGAAUGGGAAUCCCGAUUCGUCAAAUGGUGUUUGGGACGGAUUAUCCAUAUGGCAUCGGGUUCUGGGACGUGGAUGCUAAUAUCAACGGGCUGGCAUGGUCGGGCGAGUUGGGGUUUGAGGAGAAGGAGAUGGUGUUUUGGGCGAACGCAAAGGAAUUGUGGAGUGGGAGGAUUGGAGUGUUGGAUCGGAUGGAGAAGUAG